UCGAAUUCAGUCAGUUCAGAAUUUGUCGUCUGUCAUUAUACCACUUAUAUUCAAUUGAAUCUCAUCAAUAUGGUGAACGGAAAUUUGUUAUUCCUUUUUGGAAUCUUCGCAUUAGCCUCUUCAGAAUCAUAUCUUGUUGAAGACCAAUUUGGAUCAGAAUAUCUUAUGGUACCAAUGCCACUCAGUCGACAAAGAAGACAAACAUCUGUAGAUAUCAACAAGAAUCCAGGAGGUACUCAAGUGACUUUGGGGCAUAAAGGAACUAUUUUUGAAAACGACAAACAUCUAGUUAGUGGAGGAGGUUUCGUUUCCAAACAAUUCAAGCCAACUGGUCCAACAACAUUAGGAGGAGGUCUUGGCUAUGAACAUAAACCAUCAGGUUCUGGAAUAAAUUUGGGCGCUUCUAACACUCGUGGUUUUGGAACUGACUUCUCCGCUACAGGAAACGCCAACUUAUGGAGAUCUAACAAUGGAAACACAAGAUUAGAUGCCUAUGCCAAUUAUGGCAGACAUUAUGGAGGUCCAUGGGGUACUGGAAGGCCCAAUUAUGGAGGUGGAUUACAAUUUUCACACAGAUUUUGAUAUUUGUCUGAGAAAUGGUUUUAAAAUUGGAAGUCCUUAUUUAUUGUUAUUUUUUUCAGUUGCCAAAAAUUAAGUGAAAUAAACGUAUAGAACCAAGAAUUAUAAUAGUAAUAAACUUAUUUAUUUUC